UUUAUGAUUAGAAGUUCUAAAAAGAAAUGACCAAAGAAAUUUAUUUAGAUCAAUUUUUGUCUCAGAAUGAGAUCAAAAUCUCGAAUUUGUUUAUCUUCUUCUUCGGUAAAAAGACAAAGAUGACCAUCGUGAUUAAGGUACUUGUAUUGUGUUCGACAAUUUUAUUCGGUGGCUACGAAAUUUAUGCAAAUUACCUGAGCUACCAGAGAAGUGGCGAUCUUAAUAUUUAUAUUAUAAGGCUAUUUACGACCUUGUUACAAACUUUGUCCAAUUUUUACAUCGUCUUUGGCUGUGAAUGGAAACUUAUUAUUCAAUUUAACGAAACUUGGUCCAAAACGGGCUUGAAUGAUAAUCUGGAAACUCGAAAUUUUAUCAAUAGAAAAGUGAGUAAAGCUCGAAUCAUAAUUGUCACUUACAUCGUUUUCAGCUUAAUUUUAGCUCCAUUUGUCCAGGCCGAUCUCAACGAAAACGAUUGUAAUAAAAUUUACCAAAGUUCGUGCAUCUUCCGGACUAAGCCCAUUUUGAAAUUUUUCUCCGUCUUAAUCAUCUCAUGUUUACUCAAUUUGGUCUUCGAUUUCGCCUUAAAAUUGAUCUUUCACGUUCAAGCGAUUUUCGUUCGUGUCAACUCAAUGAUUGAUAAUCUUAUCAUCGAACCUGGACCUUUAGAUGAGAAGAUUAAAUCAAUUCGAAAGUUACACUGCCAUGGAAUUGAAUUAACUCAAACUGUCGACCAUUUUAUCCGUUAUUUUAUCAUCGUUACUUAUUGUACUCUAAUACCGAUAACCUUAUUAGCCCUUUACCGAUUAAUCUAUCUGAGUGUAACGAUCGUCGAAAUAUUUGUCGCCUUAUAUAUUUUGAUUAUCAGCAUCACGGGUACACUAAUGACCACCGUUAGUGCUAUCACAAUAAACAAUUUGGCCUCAAAGUGUUUCGAUAAAGUUUAUAAAAUUUCAAUCGUCGAAGGACUUUCCCGAUACUACGAAGAGGUAAAUCAUUCGUCAGCGACUUUAUAGAAAUAAAAUUGUUCUAAUAAAACAUUUAGAGUUCUUGAAGAUGCUAAAUCAUUUUCGAUCAGAUCAUCUAAUUUUUUUUUCUCUUGUACAUUGAGAUUAAUUGAUAAAUCACUUGAGAAAUUAAAAUAGAUUAAUUUAAUUACUUAUCUCAAGUGGAUUUUGAUUUUACUGUCAAUCAAUACAAUAGAUUAAAGUUCAUUCUUGAUAAUGAAUCCAGAGUAAAUUAAUCAUCAUGAUUAAGCUUAAUUAAUAAGAAAAGAAAGAAAGAAAAAUUUUAAACACGAAAACAAGAUUAACAUGCUGAUGGAAGUUAAUUGUUCCCAAAAUAAUUAACUUUCCCUGGUAAGCAAUUAAUGGGGAAAAAGAGCCAUUUCUUAAAGGUUAUCAUAAACAAAGAUAAUAAUAAUUGUAACAACAAUUAACUAUUGUUUCUCUCUUCCUAUUAUUAAUAAUUAGGUCUCAUUGAUGAUAUAUCGAAUGGGUCGAUAUGAUA